AUGUUUCUAAAAGAACUGAUUUAACACCUAUAAGAUUUUAAAGCUUCCUCAAAUCUUGUCAAAAAUGACGAAUCAGCUUAACAGUCCUAGCUGGAAGAACUUAUUUUCGAAGCACAAUCCAAAGAUCUAGAGAUAGACAAGAAAUUCAGAGAGGUUGAAAUGCAACUGAAAUCCCAGUAAAUCGAGCAUAAAAAUAUAAUAGAGGAAAUGCGAAUCCGAUAUGACUUGAGACAACUUGACAUGGAAAAAUAAAUACAAAGAUAUCAGAAAUAAUAACCUUCAAUCACUGUUUCGUAAGAUAAGUAUGCACAGAUUGUAAGAUUCAUACAGUAGUAGCUGGAAUAGAUACAAGAGUGCAAGGACAUCUCAGAAACAAAAACAUUGUUACAAAACUUACAAGCUUAAAUCAAGAAAAAUUAAACAGCUGCAGUAAAUAAUGAUAAGAAUUUCAAUGAUAAUGAUACUUUUGGUGUUUAAAAUGCAAGUGGCGAAGGAGUAAUCAGUUAAGAUCUAGCUGAUAAUAAUCAGUAGUCAACUCAUAUGUUCAAUGCCAAUCAGGUUAUUAGAAUAAAACCUGUCAUUCCGUAGUUGUAAUUAUAGAAUAUAGGUGCUAGAGCCAACAAUACUGGACAGUCUCCUCGUUAACUACAAAAUGUUUUAAGCGACAAUACUCUUAGUUUGACUAACUAUUCUAAAAUUGGGCAGAAUUAAAAUCUACAUCAUUAAAUUCGUGAAAACCAUUACAAAUCUCGCAAAGAUCAUUUGAUGGCAAAGGGCUCCGUAUCCAGAGAUAGCUAAAGAGCAGCAAGUGAUUCAGCUUCAGUAAAUAAAGCUAUAAUGUAUAGCGAGAAUUCAAUUCCACAGCUGUUUUCAUCUUUGGAAUAGUCUAGGCGUAACGCUCCAAAUCAUAAUAAAAAUGGGCCAAAUGGUAACAUACUCAGAGACAUGAGUCGACAAGAUGAGUCAUAGAAUAUUUUUAAGACUGCUGAUCAUAUGUAUUAUAACAAUACAGAGUAGUAUGAGUAUCAGAGGUUUAAUACAAAAUCUCAAAGUCCGGUAAAGGCUCAUCAGCUCAAAUACUAUAAUGAAGAAAGGAGGCAUAUUAAAAAGUAACCUAGUCUAAGCCUUACUCAGAAGGAGAAGUUGCUUUGUGAGAUUCAUCAAAGAAAUUAAACUACCAAUGCAAUAGGCAAGAACUACAAUUACCAACAUAUAAGACCAGAUGAAGUCAUGCGUACCUUUGGUAACUCAAUUGACCAAUCUAAAUAAUCUCUAAUGUUUAGCUCUAAGAUGCGCUUCCAGGAGGAUUCUAUUAAACUAAGCCCUAUAAACAAAGAUAACAAUAAUUAGAGAGAAUUUGUGAAUCAGGUUCAAAAGAUAGCUAAAGAGAUUAAGGAAAUGCCUUCAGAAUAGGUAAUGCUGACACAACAAAAGCAUGAAAAGAGCAGAGCCUAACAUAGAAACCUGGAUGAUGCAGAUGAAUAUGACAGUUUACUUGAGGAGUUGGAGAAGCUAAGUGCUCGUAAGAUAAAUAAUGACAUGAUUAUGAGUAAGUAGAACUUGCUAGCAAAUGACUCUCAAACUCCAAAUAGAUAAAAUCAGAAUCACAAAGAUUAAAAUGCUCUAAGGGACUUUAUUGAUGUACCAUUCUCAAGAGUAGUAUCAAGUAUAGAAACUAUCAAGCAAAACAAACAACAAUCAAACGCAAAUCAAGCAUUUAUCAAUAUCAACUAAGAAAACAGCUAAUACCAAAAUUAAUCUAGAGAUAGCUAGUAAAAGCAAUAAAGAUCUAUUUAUAGACAGCAACACUAGAGUCCAAAUACUAGGCUUGAUAACUAUGACUCUGAAGUUCAAAAAAUAAUGUUAAAUAAUAACAGUGGCAGUAUCGAUAAUAGCUUUUGGGACAUAAGAGAGUACUAAAGACUAAAGAAGCAGUCAAAAUCAAAACUCGAGGAGAGGAAUCACUUGCAAAAUGCUAACAAUUCAAUGAACAAUUAAUUUCUACUUAAUAACCCAUUAGAUUUUAAGAAUCUUUAGUCGCCCUUUGCUUAAAAUUCAAGGUCACAAGCUUAAGCAUAUCCUCAUAAUAUCAAUUAGAUCAGAUAGCAUUAGUAAUAAUAACAGUAAAAUCAAGAUUUAUCAAUGAAAUAGCAACUAAAUAAUGGAAAUAAUAAUAGAAAUGCAAGUGAGAAAGGCAAGUAUAGCUUGAAUAAGAAUCAGAUUAGAUUUUUUAACUUAAACAGUUUAGUGAAUCAACUGAGAUAAGAUAAAAAUCAAUCACCUACAUAGAAUAUUAUUGACAAUAAAAAUACUAGCAAUAACUUUAUUGAAGUCAAUAACUCUGUAAUAAUAGUUUAGAGUAACAAGGCUGACGAAAUGAUAAAGACUCAGAAUCUAAAUGAUAAUCGCAGAUAAUCCCCAGCAAAUUAAAUCGAUAGACCUUUCACAGAGAUGCGAAAGCUGAAAUCCAAUAAAAACAGCUUUGCCAACAACAAAAAUUAGAUUUCAAGAGUCAUAUCUUAGGCUCAUAACCCUAAUAGAAGGGUAAACUCCAUGACUGCCAAUUAAAAGCAAUAUGAUUAAUACUUAAACUCAGCUUAUCAGAUAAAUUAGAAUUCAAUGAAUAAUUAUCAUCAUAACAAGUCAGUUGGAGAGGAAUAGAUACAGUUUGCUAACAUGAAUGCUUAAGGGUUUCAAAGUGAGCAAGCCUCUGCUUAAAGGAAUUUCAUCGGGAAUAGCUAGAUAAAAAGAAGAUUAUAAAACAUAUCUGCCAUUGACUAAGCAUAUCUAAACCAGUCAACUAAUCUGAUCAGGCAAUCCCCAGAUAAGAACAGACCGAACAUUAGCUUUGGUAAAAGGCCUUAAAGCUCUCUAAAUAACUCUAAUAUAGCUCAAUAAAAUAUAGAAGACAGUUCUCCUUAUCUAAUAAAUACUAAUCCUGUAAAUAUUGGAAAUAACAAUAAUUUGGAAUCAAGAUAGUAAUCUGUUCUCAAGACCAAGCAAAUGAAGAUAUCAAAUAAAAGAAUCGUUUAGAAUAACACGGCAAUGGCUGCAACAACUAAUAAUGGUAGUGGUAAUCAUGUAUUAGCUCAUUUUAAUCCUACAGCGCUACAGACUAAUGCUUACCAAGCAUUGAUAUCUAAUGGAUCAAGCAUGAUAUAGUCACCCAACCAAUUAGACUUAUCAUAGUUGCAAUAGCAAUAGUAGCUGUAAUAGCAUUUUUUCAAUCAAGAUAUGAUUGCAAAGGGUUAACAAUAACAGCACUAGUAGCAGCCGAUAAACGAUAAAACAGUAAGGGUGAUUAAGAAAAAUAUUAUCAAAAAGAUAAACAACCAGAUAGUGAUAGGCCAGAAUGAUUAGCAGUAGCCGUCACAAAUAUUGAGCAGAGUGAACGGGAAUCAGGCAGAGAUAUCUAAUGAGCUUAUAGUUUAAGAUCUAAUUAAAUCUUCUUAAAGUACUCUUAAGAAAAAUACCUAUUCAUUAUUAUGA